CAGCACUUGUCACAUCAGCUGUUAACGAAAUAAGGUGGAUAAACGAAGAAACUCGCGUUGGAUGUUGAUCAAAGUAGCCGGUGAAAAAGAUCGAUUGAAUCCUGAUAAUUGUCAAAUUCGUUGUUUUUAGCGUAAUGCCGCCACGACGAAAAUGCAUUUUCAACGCGGACUUGCAAAACCAAUAUAGCUUUAUAACUAAAACCAAUAACACAAGCGAAGUGAAGUGUUUGAAGUGCCAAGCGAUAUUUUCCAUAGCUAAUGGCGGCAAACUCGACAUUCAACAACACUUAGCGACGAACAAACAUAAAAAAGCCAAUAUUGCGCUGUCGUCCAGCAAAACAAUAUCAAAUUUUUUUCAUAAGGAGGUAAUUGAUAGCAACGGAAAGAAAGUAGGCAUCAACGAAGGCACAUGGGCGUUUCAUACGGUGAAACACAACCACUCUUUUCGCUCAAACGAUUGCACUUCGAAACUAAUAAAACGUUGCUUCGAUGACAAAUAUUCUUGCGCUCGCACAAAAUCUGAAUCUAUAAUCUGUAACGUCCUGGCCCCAAAUUCCAUUCAGCAAACGAAAACCGAUUUGUGCGUAACAGACUUCGUCACAGUGUACGUAGAUUGUUCAAAUCAUGGAAGCACAAAACUAUGUCCAAUACUUGUCCGCUAUUUUGCGCCACACAAAGGGAUUCAAGUAAAAAUAUUAGAGGUCAGUGACCUGCCAGGCGAAUCGUCUGACAUCUUGACGAAAUAUAUGUAUGGUCUUUUAAAAAAAUUUGACAUAAAUGAAAAACUGCUUGCUAUUUGUGCAGAUAAUACGAAUUGUAAUUUUGGGGGCGCCAGAAGACUAGGCAAAAAUAAUUGGUACUGUAAACUUCAGGCAUCUAUUGGAAAGCCGCUUAUUGGAAUAAACUGUGCUGCUCACGUUUUGAAUAAUUGUAUUCAAACAUCCAUCGAAUGUCUUCCAAUAGAUGUCGAAGUAAUAGUCGUAAAAAUAUAUUCCUUUUUUUAUAUUUACACAGUUCGCGUAGAAGAAUUAAAAGAAAUUUGCGAUACAGUUGAUAUAGAAUAUAGGAAAUUAAUGGGAUUUAGCAAGACUAGAUGGCUUACUCUGAAACCCGCUAUAGAAAGAAUUUUAAAACUUUUUAAGCCAUUAAAAAUAUACUUUUUAUCGCAAGAAAAAUGUCCAACCAUUUUGAAACAGUUUUUCAUUGACCAUUGCUCUGAAGUCUGGCUUUUUUUGCACAUUGCCAGGCANCCAAUCUCUGAUCCGGUACUCAAUGAAUUUACAGGUUUUUAUUCGAACUUGCAGGAAGUUACAAAAAUCAACAAUAGCAGCAUCAACAUAUACAGCAUCAUAAUGAGCAGCGCCACUGAAAGCUUGGAUGAUGGUAGUGGCAAAGUGUCCGAGACAGAGCCGUCCAUGAGAAGACCGAUUGCGGAAAUGGACCCUUUCAAGCACGCAUCACGACUGGUUCGGUCGCUUACAAAUGUGCUCAACGUAGAGAAGGCAGUACGAGCGAGGUCGUCACCACCAGCGGUGCAGGAUAGCACGCCACAGGCGAAAGCAGUGCGAUCGCGCGGAGAAUAUAUGUCGGAGCUAGGCGAUGCAAUCAAGAAGCUGAUGGAUGUAAUGCGCCCACCUCAGCGCUCAAUCAACAACAACAUGAGGGACAUUGUCAGCCAAAUAGCAAAGUUGCAUGCAAAUGCACAUGAGGAGUACAUCAGAAUAAAAGAAGACAGACGGAACGUCCUCAUCACGACUGCGGAAACCCCCCCAAAGAGGCCCCGCGACGAAAACCAGCCGAAGCGAAGAACGCCACCUAAGAAGAACAAAACCACACAUGAAGAGGUGCCAAGGAAGUCUGAAACCAUCUUGAGUAAGGAGGCGAAAGAUAGUCGCCCUACCAAGAACAAAGAAAAGGAGGAGCAAAAAGGAAAAGGCUGGAUAGCGGUGAAAUGUAAACCACGAAGCAGCAAGAAGACAACGUACAAGCCGCCCCCACGUCUCGAUGCUAUAGUUAUAGCGCGAAAUGGAGAUAUGUCCUACAGCGACAUCUUAAGGGCGAUGAAAAAAUAUGAUGCUUUGCAAAAACUCGGCGAGAAUGUAUCGCGAAUUAGGAAGACGGCCAAAGGCGAAGUCCUGCUGGAGCUGAAGGAAACGCAAAUGAAAAGCAUGGGAGAGUUUAAGAGCGGAAUAUGUAAAGUGCUAGGCGAUCAG